UAGCCAGUGAAUUAUAGUGGUUAGAAUAUGAAUGUUAAACUGUUAUUUCCCUAAAAAGUUCUAAUCUUUUACCCAGUGGAUUAUGGUGGUUAGAAUAUAAAUGUUGAAUUCAGUAGUUUUUGUUGUGUGUUUCCCUGAAAAGUUCUAAUCUUUUACCCUGUGGAUUAUAGUGGCUAGAAUAUGAAUGUUGAAUUCAGUUGUUUUUGUGUUUUUUCUAAUCUUUUACCCAGUGGAUUAUAGUGGUUACAAUAUGAAUGUUGAAUUAUUUUUGUUGUUUCCCUAAAAAGUUUCAAUCUUUUACCCAUUGGAUCAUAGUGGUUAGAAUAUUAAUGUUGAAUUCAGUAGUUUUUGUUAAGUGUUUAUCUGUUUUUGAAUUCUGAUAGUGUAUUACUAGUCUGAAUUUUCAGUAUUUAGUAGUAGGUUUCUGGAUAUUGUGUGUUUAGAAAGAAGAUGAAAUGUUUAUCUAGUUCAUUUGUUGUGGUUCCCGUCGCACUGAUGACUGACUUCAGUUUGGAGUUAAGAUGAGAUUUUUGAGUCUCUAAAUUUUCAAAAAUGUAAGAUCUCAAAUUGGGAUUUUUGUUGUCCAAGUGUGUUUGAGAUGAAUCAGAAAGUAGGCUGAUGUGAACAGUGAUUUUUGUAUAUUAGGUGCAAUGGAUUUUAAUUUUAGCCUAGGCAUUUGAAAUACACGGGGCGAAAUCCAUCUAUCAAAUCACCUGUCACACCCAGUCUAGUAUAUAAGUGGAGGAGGGUAGAGGGGCGGGCACAUUAUCCUCGAGUUUCGAGCUGAAAUUCUGUCAUAAAGUAGUCCUCAUUUGUUUGUUUGCUUUUGUAUAUUAGGUGUAGCAGGGUUUAUUUUUAGCAUAUGACUUUGAAAUACAUGGGCGAAAUCCAUCUACCAAAUCACGUUGCACCAAGUCUAGCUAUAAGUAGAGAAGGAUAGAGGGGCGGCACAUUAUCCUCGAGUUUUGAGCUGAAAUAGGAUUUCUCGGUCAUAAAGUAGUCCCUUUAGAGAAGUUCAUAUUUGAUAAGUCAGUCAUUUGGUCAUUUGGGGCAGUUAUUUUCGGAAACCAACAUUAUGAGAUAUUCUGCUUUGUGGUGAAUCAGUUGACGGGUUCAACCCCGUAUAAGACUGAUAUGACUCCUGUUCUUUUGGGAUCAUAUGUCAUUUUCCUAUCCAUUUACCAGCAGAAAGGUGCAUUUCUUGAGUAGGCUAAGCACAGUUUCUUGUUGAGCAAGUGGUGUUUAAAGUCAUCAUUAACCAAACUAACUGAAGAAAGAUCUUCUUGAUCUUGUCAAGUUAUUUCACAGUUGAAGCUGGAACAGUGAAAGGGGGAACGUUAACAGUAAAUAAGAGCCAUCGCUGUAGAUAAAUGUAGUUUCUUUGACCUUUACUGAUAUUACAUGUCAAACUGAUUUAGGUUUGAAAGAUGCUCUAUAGCAAGAACUGGAAAGGUAUGUGGAAGUACGGAACUGAGCAGCAAAAUAAACUGGCUAAGCAAUCCAGAUCCAGCCAGUAGGAUGAAGUUUUGCUGUUAUCUAGAUGAUAAUUAAGCCUGAAAGCUUUGGAACACAUCAGAGGACUCAAACACACCUAAAUCGAGUUUGUAAAGUCUGUCACUUUAUAAAAAACAAAAAACACACACAUAAAUAGAGACUUAUCAUUUUAAAAAAUGGAAAAGAAAGAAAUACAUUUAAUUGAGAAUCUGAGGCUCUCCAAAAAGUAUUAGUAUCAUUAGAAAAUGAGAGUUUCGAGUAGGUAAUAGAUGAGCUGGACUAGAUAGCUAGUCUUUAACAAUUUUAGCCGGUUCACAUAGCAGCAUUGUUCAGAAGGCUGGCGAGUCCUUCCGUCAUCAGUGAAAAGUAGAAGUGGGCAUAGGGACUCACCUCGCGAGAGUCCUCUUGCAGCUCUUAUUUGAAGCCGUUGAGUUAUCCAUAUAAGCAUCGUGGCGUAACAUUUGAAGAUUAUAAACACCCAACUUGCAGGAUCAUAGCUAGAAGUGAUGGGUAUAUACCUCAGUUCCCCAAAAACAGAGAAGUUUUCAGAAGAUGGUGGGAAUAAUAGGGUAAAAUAUGGUUUAUCAUCAAUGCAAGGAUGGCGUGCAACAAUGGAAGAUGCUCAUGCAGCAAUAGCUGAUUUGGAUGCUUCAACAUCCUUUUUUGGUGUCUAUGAUGGUCAUGGAGGUAAAGUUGUUGCUAAAUUCUGUGCCAAGUAUCUACAUCAGCAAGUGCUCAAGCAUGAAGCAUAUUUACAUGGUGAUAUAGGAACUUCAGUCCAGAAAGCCUUUUUCAGAAUGGACGAGAUGAUGCGUGGUCAGAGAGGAUGGAGGGAGCUGGCUGCAUUAGGGGAUAAGUUAAACAAGUUCACGGGUAUGAUAGAGGGUCUUAUUUGGUCUCCAAAAAAUGGUGAUGGAAACAACCAUGUUGAUGAUUGGGCAUUUGAGGAGGGGCCUCACACUGAUUUUUCUGGCCCUACUUCUGGAUGUACGGCUUGUGUUGCAAUCAUUAGAGAGAGCCAACUAAUUGUUUCAAAUGCUGGUGACUCUCGCUGUGUAAUUUCAAGGAAGGGCCAGGCAUACAAUUUAUCGAGGGAUCAUAAACCUGAUCUUGAAGUUGAGAGAGAGAGAAUUUUGAAAGCUGGUGGUUUUAUUCAUGCAGGACGUGUUAAUGGAUGUCUAAAUCUUUCAAGAGCUAUAGGUGACAUGGAAUUCAAGCAGAACAAGUUUUUGCCAGCUGAGAAGCAAACUGUUACUGCCAAUCCAGAUAUAAACACUGUUGAGUUGUGCGAUGAUGAUGACUUUAUUGUGCUAGCUUGUGAUGGCAUAUGGGACUGCAUGUCCAGCCAACAAUUGGUGGAUUUUAUACACGAGCAGCUAAAGUCGGAAAGCAAGCUUUCUGCAGUAUGUGAAAGAGUUCUUGAUAGGUGUUUGGCACCUUCUACCGCCGGAGGUGAAGGAUGUGAUAACAUGACCAUGAUUUUGGUGCAAUUCGAGAAACCUUUUCAGUCUGGGGCUUCUUUAGUUGAAGAACUGCCAGAUUCUAGCGACAAACUCCCUGCUUCCACUGAGGCAAAGACUGAAACAAAACCAGCAGAAUGUGGAUCUAGUUCGUAGUUCCGAGCUCCCCGUUUUGGGUGUGAUACUUCCAAGUCUGCAAUUGUACAUGAUUGUUUUGAUCUGUGUGGAUCUCGACUGCAUAUAUUUUGCUUUUCUUGGUGCUGGUUUUAUAUGUCACUGCAUUUGUAUUAUAACUUUUGGAUGGGGAUUGUACAGAUAACUUGACCACAGGAUAAAUAUUUCAUGUAGUUGUUUCUAGUGA